GAAAAGUAAUUUGUAUUUUAUAUAAAUAAUUUAUACGUAUAUUUAAAUAAAUUAACAUUUUUUUUUGGAAUUUGUUUUGCUUAUACAUGUAUCAGAUUUUUAGUUGAUCAUCAUCUCUUCAAUGAUAAAACUACCGAGAGAGUAGUACCAAGACAGUCGUGAUGGAGCAUGCAGGAGCAUGGCAUGCAACGAAUGGAGAUCUACCAUUUUCAAUCAUGAUGGCUCGACUUGGAAGAGAGAGAGAGAGAGAAAUGCAUUGCUAUUAAAUUGUUAGCAGAUUACUUUUUACGGAGAAGAGUUAAUUCGACGGUACGAACAAUUCAAAAGUUAGAUUAAAAACUGCCAUCUCUAAAGGCUGUUUUUCAAAAAGUUAUUUCGCGUGAAAAUAGCUUGAUACUAGAAAACAAAUGCUAGAAAUAAUCGACGACGAUGGCUCUUUGACAGCGAUCACGGAGAAAAAUUUUUUGUGUCGGUAUCACGUCGUGGAAACACCGUUUCGUGUACUUUCAUAACAGUAAUAUUGGCGUUAAAUUGCGGGUGUAAUUUGCAUGCACUACAACGAUUAUUGCGAAAAUGACGAGAAAGGGGACAACAACCGGGAGAAGGGAGAGAAGGAUGAAGCCUAUGAAAAUCGCUGCCCUAGUCGUCUCGGCUAUACAGGAUCUUAGCGAAACCAAGGGUUCUACAUCCAAAAAGAUUGCAGGAUAUAUCAGUUACGCUUCGAGUAUACCCGAACAACGCAUUAAACGACAAGUGAAGACGGCUUUGAAGCGAGGCGUGGAGUACGGCAUUCUGCGACGAUACCGCGGUCACUACUUUCUUCCCACUGGCGACGAGCUGGAUCGCGCGAAUCGCAUCGCCGUGCGAUUCGCAAGAUUGCCGACGCCCGCGCCGACGGUUGCCAAGUCCAAAAACACCUCUUCCCGCAAGACGAAGGACAGUAAGAGACCCAGAGGAAUUGGUAAUGGAGCGCGAAAGAGUAAAAAAGUUCGGAAAACCCGCACCCCCGCUGUCUCAGCCAGUCCGAGUUUGACGGACGAAAUUGCCGGUGACGUUGCGUCCGUGACUCAGUGAAAUUAUUUAGCAGCCCCGGCUGUGCACAGCUGCAGAAAAAGAUUUUUUCCCAUGUGAUAUGACAUUAAAGUGCGCCCUGUCCUAUCCGUUCUCGUCCAUUGCGUAACGUGCGUCCAUUUGUGAAUAACUGCUAUUUAUUUUCCAUUGGAACGGAGCGCAAAAACUGGUUCAUUGGCGUAUCAACUGAUUGAUAUAAAUUAGAUACGAUUGUACUUGUGUAUUAAUUAAACGAAUCGAUCUGAAA